CCCAGGAGGAGGCGAUGGACGCGUACCUGGACAGCGUGGGUCUGUGGCGGAAACCGACAGCCAAGGAUGGUUCCUGUCUGUUUCGGGCUGUCGCUGAACAGCUAUUUCAGACUCAAGUCUUUCAUCUUCAAGUGCGACAGGCCUGUGUACAGUACUUGGCUGACCACAAACAGGAGUUCGCACCUUUUAUUGAGGGGUCAUUUGAGAACUACCUGUGCCAGCUGGAUGACCCUAAGGUAUGGGCUGGUCAGGUAGAGAUAAGUGCCUUAUCAUGUUUGUACAGGCGUGAUUUUAUCAUAUAUCAAACAAUUGGCAAGCCCCCAGUUAAUGCUACACAAAACGGUUUUAAUGAGAAGGUAAUUUUGUGUUUUACUGACGGCAACCAUUAUGACAGUGUCUAUCCAAAAACAUUCGGGCAGAGCAUUGCUAUUUGUCAGUCAAUUGUGUACGAGACAUUGUACAGAGGGGUUUUCAGACUAGACAGGGAGUUGGAGGAGGCUGUACGCUUCAUCAGAGAGCAGUCCAAGUCGAGACGCUACAGGAAAGAUACCUCUCCCAACUGGCGCCUGGAGCGACCAGAAUUAAGUGUAGCAGAGAGUGAACCAUUGAUGGCGCUGGAAACGACACCCUGUAGCCAUGGCAACAGGUUUCAUGAGGAGCCGAUGAGGCCUGUAGAAGGAAAGGCUUCCCCUCCUGUUCCGUUUCGCAUCGCCAAGGCGUUAGAUCCAGAGAUCUAUCGCAAUGUUGAACUUGACAUUUGGCAAGAAGCAAAGAAGGAGCAGCAGCAGAGGGACCUGGAAUUGGCCCAGGAGUCGCAGUUUGCCCCCGGCGACAAAUGCCAGGUAGCUCUGAGCUGUGGGGAAGAAGAGAAACUGUACCAUGCCCAUAUCCAGGAAAUCGGCAGCCAAGACAAAGGACCCGUCAUUGUGUUCAUAGAAGAACUUGGUCAGAAGUUAGAUGUACCAUUCAGCAGCCUGAGACCCAUCGCCCAGUUCUCAACAUCCCCGCAGUCAGGCUGGGCAUACAAAAAACUGUCUGGUUAUUACAAAAAAAGUGUAGAGACAGAGUCUUUCUCCAGAAAGAAGACCAAGCGUGGGAAGGGUGUGGCUCAGCUAGUUGGUCAGAACACAGGUUACUUGUCCCCACCCCCUGGUGAAGGGGUAGGCAGAGGGAGAGGGUGGACAGGAGUAAGGAACCCAUCGCCACGAUAUCCAAGCAGCCCCAUACAUAAGCCUAGGCAGCUUAUAGACUCUGCUGGACACCCUAUCAGAUCAAAGUGGCAUCAAGACAGAGCUGACGAGAGCAUGGCCAUGAACAGCCCUCCACCAGGAGACGUCCCACAAGAAGUGGCUGCUCAGCCAGUCCCGGACGAGAUGCGUAUUGUCAACGGCAUUGAACAUCUCUCUGUUAAUGGUCAACCAGAGACAGAAACCAAAACGGUAACAGCGACCUCUUCAUCUCAACCCGCUGCCCAAUACCAGCAACCAUAUCUUCACCCUCCACCGGUCUGCCAACCACAGCCACACAUGCAGAUGCAGAUGCAACCGCAGCCGAUGCAGACGCAACCGUCACAAGCACAGUCCAAUGGUGGCCAGCAGGUUUUGCUUCCCAUGUACCCAUACAUCCCAGUGUCUUACGCCGAAAUUACCUCGGGGCACAUAAACUUCAACUGUGGGCUGUCCCAAGACCCCAGUGGCUCUGACUUGCCUCUUUCUGAUCUGCCCUCACUCAGAUUUUUCUACAACCUUGGGCAAAACUAUUACAGAUGGUAUUCUUGUAUAGCCAACUGCUCACAGAUGUCAGGUGGAAGAAUGGAAGCUAUGCAGCCAAGCACACCAAUAGGUAAACUAGGCAACCAGACUAGACGCUAUCCAUCUGGGCAUUACUCGUAUAGGGAAACAGUAGUCAGGGGGCGCACAUAUAGAAGCUGUUUCAUCUCAGACAUACCUGAAACCAACAAACACGAGACCACGUCUGAACGGCUGGCUGGAGAGGAGGACUCCAGCAAGCAGUCAGGCACUUACACUCACUCUGACAGUGGCUGCGACUCGGAAAGUAGCUCUGUAGGGGACUCUCUGAAUGAGGCUACGGCUAUGGGUAGUGAGAAAUCCGAGUCACCAUGCAGUAUUGAUGGUAAUAAAGAUGACGACCAGUCGGUAGAUGAGGACUCUCAGGGCGAAAAUUCUGUUUGUGAUGAAAGUGAAAAGUCAGAUAAAGAGGUAGACGUGUCUAAUUUAGAAGGUUCUGACGAGGUUUGCGAGUCAGGCUCUAAGCCAAAGUCUCAAAAGAAAUAUUAUACAUGGGGUCCUUAUAAGCUAUUGAAACCAAUAAAAGACAUUCCACCCAGAUUCCAGCAGCUUCUAGCAGAAAGUAAUGCCCAGAAAGCUCGUUGUGAGGGUAUACCUUUAGUUUACCAAUGUGAUCCUUACCAAAGUUAUCCACCUGCUCCCUAUGGAGCGACGACGGUGGCCUGGGGGGAUGGGGAACAGGCAGAGUUCCAGCUAAACCCCAGCGCCCCAGACUUCACCCCAAGUCAGGGACAUGAUUUUGUGGGUAGUGAGGUUAGCUUGGGUGUAGGUAACUCCUCCAAUCAGACCAAAACGCCUGCAGAUGCCACAACAACUUGUACUAUAGUAUAUCCUUCAGUAUAUGGUGAUGCUUGUAACCAUGCUAACAGCUCAAGUAGAACUGUCUUUCCUCCUCCUCCUCCAACUGCUGUUGCUCCUCCUCCUCCUCUUCCAACUGCUGUUGCUCCUCCUCCUCCAACUGCUGCUGGUCCUCCUCCUCAGAUAAAUCAUCCUCCACCCUCUGUCCCUGUGCCGGCUCCUCCACCGCCUCCUCCUCCAUCUGUUUCAGCUACAUGCAGCAUGCGUGCUGAAGGUGGCCCUUCUUGGUACUACCAGAACACUACGCAAUACUACCCGUCCACCCCUGCCCACUACCCCCCUUCGCCUGACACCAGCUACGCCCCCUCAGGUGACGGAAUUAAGACUACUUACUGCUAUCACGCUCUGCAUGCUUCCCCUGCAGGUUACGGUAAUGGCUGCCCCGUCCCAAGCACUGCAGUUCCAUGCACCACUUCCGCCAACAACAACAGCUCUGGGGUUAUCUACUUCACGCACCAACCUUACCCUGCACAGCCUGUGAUGGGGUACAAUUACGGUGUGCCGUACCCAGCCCAGCAGUCUCAGGUGCCCGGCCCGCCCCAGCAAGCCCAUUGUAUCUCCCAAUACACGGUAUAUGGACACUCCCAACCCCAAUGA